CUCCCCCGCCAUCUGAGGUUAGGCUGCCACCAUUACCAUCACCACCGCCACAGCACAAGGCGCAACCGCCGUAACAUCUCUCUCCCUUUUCCCUUCUCCCUUUUCCCUUUUCCCCCUUUCCCUUCUCUUCCCCUCUUUCCCCUUCAACAAACAAUGUCGAAUGAUGAUAACCGAGCAAACCCAAGUCACUACAAAUCUCCUCUGAUCCUUCUCUCCACCCCCUCUUACCCUGUCUCACCCGUUCCAUCUUACUAUCUGUCCUAUCCCCUCCCUCCCUACUCCAUCCAGCUCUUACACCCCAUAAAACCCACCCUCCACCCAUAAAACUCCACCCGCCUUGCUGCGACAUAAGCUCCGCUCGAUGGCCCUGCCUGGAAGAAAGAAAGAAACCUGAUUCACUUCGUGGUAUCUUCUUCUCCGGGGAAACAGGGCUGCGAUACGGGCCACUGUGUUACGGGAAGGAAAGGGUGGUGUUCGUUUGGGCCAGGGUGUGGCGUCCGGGGAUUUGGAGGGAUGGGGGUAGUGGUGGGUGGGGUCUAUGCUAUGGGUUCGAUGGUUGACGGAGGUGAUGGGGCUUCGCACAGGUGAGGGAUGGGUUGGGGGGGAAGAUGUUUCGAUGACGAUGGAAAAAUUACUUGAUCUAAUCUGACGACGCCUGUUUGUUUGUUCGGCUGUGUUUGGGAACGGUGUGAUUGGGGGAAUUUGGUCUGCGCUUGUGCUUGUGCUUGCGGUUGCACUUGUUCCCGUGCCUUGCGCCUCGUUGGUUCGCGAUGCGGGUUGGUGGAAUCGAUUGAGGGAAGAGCAGUUGGUUUGAUGACUAAGCUGACAUUAUAAAGAUACUGGUGUGAUAUCGUGCCACUGGCAUGGUAUCGCCCGAACAGAGUCACCACCCCAACGAAACUAAAGCGAGCGAUCCUUGGUGCAAUCUUGUAAAAGCCGCAGCGCAGGCAGCCGCAAGUGUAUUGCAUAUACACAUCGUAAGCGCAGUGCCGAUCAUGGCUUCGGGGGGGGGGGGCCUUGGCACCUACAGCACAGCACAAUUUGAUCACCUCCACCCGAGUAUGAUACCGGUACCUCAAUCUCCCAUAAAAGCACUAACUAAGGUUACAGUGCAUACCAAACCCACCGAAUCCAAGCAAGCUAUCACAGUGCAUAAACCAGUCAUCUCGCCCACCAUAAAAUCACGGAGCCGGUCAGCCAUAGAGGCACAAUACCGUAUGAUACCGCCGGGAGCAAAUCGACGGCGAAGAGAAGAUCGGCAAACCCAAGUCGUGUUCCCCCCCUCCCCCCCCUUCCGACACGAUGAAUACUUAUUCAAGAGAUCCGCUCCACGAUCAUUACCACCGCACGCGGGGGUCAUGAUAUAACCAGCGCAUUUUCAUAAGCUAUGAGAAGCCCUAGAUAGAUAUAAAAGCGCGGGAUCGUAAAGGUCAGGAGUGCGGCACUGGGUAUAUGUCGUAUCAUACCGGUUUGUUUAUUUGAUGGGCGCUUUAGUGUUUGGUUAAACAUAACUUGGGGGUAAUUCGGCUGGUGGGGCCUUCUGAUUUGCUAGCUAGCUAGUAUGGUUAGCGCUUUGCGGGCUAUGGGUGCUGUAGUGGAUUGGCUGAGCCGUAGGAUAUAACGACUGGUCUAUUUGCACUGCGCCAUAUCUAACAUUGAAACGCAAUUCCCUCCUUCUCCGUCGUGACGUUCCCACCGCCGGCAGAGAAACCCGUUCCAUCGCACUUGAUCAAAACCA